AUGUCAGAAGAUAAAGAGAUCACAGAUUCUGACUUGUCAAGAAAUGAACCAUCCAUAACCAAAGCUUGUUCUGAUGAACCCAAAAUGUUAGAGGAUAAAGAAGUCGAUGACUUUUUGAAUUCAGAAAGUAAAAAGGGGGUUG